GUUUCUGACAACUCAGUUGAAAUAUCAAUAGAUAUGAUCCUUCUGAAUCAUCUAUUCAAACUGCAACAUCAUUCGAUAAUACCUAAACGUCACUACAAAUUUCCACCACUCAUCAGCAGAGACAGAGUGGUGAAAGAGGUCCAUACCCCAGAAUCCAUCACCCACGAUAAGAUCAGCAUAAUCGGCCUUGGACAAGUGGGUGUAGCAACUGCUUUCACGCUGUUGAACCAGAAUAUAUCCAAGAACAUAGUCCUGGUGGACUCCGAUGAACGUAGGUUGUACGGUGAAACUUUAGACCUCCAACAAGGAACAAAAUAUGUAAGAAACUCCAAAGUGGAAGCUUGUACUGAUUAUUCCAAGACAGAUAACUCGAAGAUUUGCAUCGUCACAGCUGGAGCCAGGCAGAAACCCGACGAAAGCAGGUUGAGUUUGGUCCAAAGAAACACGGAUAUCAUGAAAAUCGUACUGCCUAAAGUCGUUAAGUAUUCACCGAAGGCUGUCAUAUUGAUGGUGACCAAUCCAGUGGACGUUUUAACUUACGUCGCUUGGAAGAUUAGCGGUUUUCCAACCAAUCAGGUGAUUGGGAGUGGGACCAAUUUGGAUUCAUCCAGGUUCAGAUUCCUGUUGUCCGAAAAACUGGGGGUAUCUACUACCUGUUGCCAUGGCUUCAUCAUCGGAGAGCAUGGAGAUAGCAGUGUGGCGUUGUGGUCCAGCGUUGAUGUUGCUGGAGUUAGGCUCAGAGACAUAAACCCGGCAGCAGGCACAGACAAAGACCCUGAGAAUUGGAAAGUUCUGCAUGAGAAAGUGAUAAACAGCGCGUAUGAGGUUAUAAAACUGAAAGGUUCGACCUGUUGGGCAGUGGCUCUGAGUGCAGCCUCCAUUGCUCUGAGUAUCCUUAGAAACCCUGAGGAUAUCCACCCUAUUUCGAUCAAUUCCAAGGGGUUGUAUGGGAUCCAGGAUGACAUAUUCCUGUCUUUGCCGUGCCUUCUGGAUACUGAGGGGCUCUCUAAGAUCAUGAAGAAGAAUUUGGAUGAUGAUGAGAUAGAAAAGUUGCAGGGAUCUGUGAGGAUUCUCGGAGAAAUACAGAGUGGUUUACGGUUAUGAAUGUUAUAACAUUACUGAGAUAGAUUCUAGAUUCUACAUACAAUGUUUCUUGGAGAAUUUAUUUCACUGAACGAUU